AUGCGAGAGGUUAAUGUGAAACAGUGCAGUGUUUGCCCUCAGUUAGAGCCAUUUCAGGCGACGUUAAGGACAGCAGUGGAACAACAGUUAUCGCUUAUGAGUACUUCUCGACAUUACUGCCGCUCCUCCCACAACUACUACCAAUGCAUUUUUUCUACCAAGCGAUUUCACUGUCCGUAUGAGCAGAAAGAAUAUCCUGUGAAAAUAAUGACUGAAUAA